AGGCAAAGACAAUGCUAGCCAGCAGCAUCAACAUCGAACCGGACGAAUUGGUUGAUCAGAUAGUCGAGGGAAUACCAGCACAGAAUUUGCGUGAUCAAGCCCGGAUCCAAUGCUUCACAGAUCCGAUGCAAACUCUCCGUGCGUUUGCUGGUAUCCGUUUGGACAAGCCAAAGGAGUUGGUGUCGAAGGAGCUGAACAGGAAUAGGAGCGACAACGGAGGAUUCCGCUGCGGUAAUUGCAACGCCAGAGGACACAUCGCUAAGAAUUGUCGAAAGCCAGCAAGGGUGCCAGGAUCCUGCUAUGCUUGUGGCAAGUUCGGCCACUUCGUAGCCCAAUGCGAGGAAAGGAAGGGAAAUGCUGAAAAUAAAUAUCAUGCAUCUUAGACUCUGGCAGUCCAAUUUCAUUGAUUAAAUUAUCUUUGUUGCCCAGGGAGGCCAAACUACAUGAAGUUAAAGAACAUUAUUUUGGUAUAAAUAGAAGCCCAUUACAAAUCUAUG